AUGAGCGCGCAAGAAUUACGCCGCCAACGAGGAUAUAUCAAGGCAAAACAAACACAUAUUUGGAAGUUUGUGGAAAACGCAAGUCAGAGGACGCCGAGCAUUGAAACGGUCACAGUAUAUUCAAAAAAAUUAGAACAAGUGUACAAAGAAUUUAACGAAAUACAGCGGCAAUUGGUAUGCGUUAUCGAAGAGAAUGAGCUGCCAAUGGAAGAUCAACGAGAAGACGAUGUAUUUGAAGAACGAUACGUAGAAUUGAGUGCAACAUUGUCGAGAUGGGCUGCUGCAAUUAAACCGACUGUAAGUACAACUAACGAUGGCGAAUCACUUGCACAAGUGAUAGAGCAGCAAACAGAAGUAAUUAGAGCGUUAAGUUCAAAUGGUUCACAAAUUGAUGCCAGAGUCAAACUGCCGGUAAUCAAUUUGCCAAUCUUUUCGGGAGAAAUAGAGGACUGGACACGGUUUUCUGAUACCUUUACCGCAUUAAUUCAUAACAGCGAUUUAUCGACAAUUCAAAAGCUGCAAUAUUUGGUCGGUGCAUUGACGGGAAGCGCGGCAAAGAUCAUCGAAUCAAUCGAGAUUUCGGCACGGAACUACGACGUGGCCUGGAAUCUUUUAAGAAACCGUUACGAAGAUAAGAAAGCUUUAAAGCGAAGACAUCUUCAAUGUUUAUUUGAAGCACCUAAGGUCGAGCGAGAAUCAGCCGUUGAUAUUCAAGAAUUAAUUAAUCAUUUCCAGAAACAUCUUCGAAUUGUAAAAUCCAUGGAGUCCACCAGUGAAACAUGGGCGGAUUUUUUGAUAUUAUAUAUGGUGGAGGAGAAGCUGGACAGAGUUACUCGGCGCCGCUGGGAAGAGAGUAUGGAAGGUCGACAAACUGUUACGGUCGAUUUAUUAUUUGACUUUUUGCAGCGACGUGUGCAAAUGCUUGAUCGACUGGGCAGCGCAUUCCACAGAGAGGAAUCGAACUAUGGAGGAGUGGCAGCGAACUCCAGACGAGGCAGUGAAACACCGAGGUCGUUAGGGAGGAUUGACAAUUCGAGAGUCGCUGGAAGAAACGAGGCCUCAAGAUCUGCAGGAAGAAACGAGGCAAGGACAUCUAGAAAUAAUCAAACUGUAAGUUUAGCCGUGUCAACAGUCAUCGGGCGCUGUUUUAUAUGUGGCGGUCCUCAUUUAAUAUAUUCGUGUGAAAGAUUUUUAAAUCUGUCUGUGCGAGAAAGAAUUGACGAAGUUAAGCGAUUGAAGCUUUGUUUUAAUUGUUUACGGAACGAUCAUUUUGUCAGCGCUUGUAGAGCGAGUUCCUGUCGACAAUGCGCGAGGAGGCAUAAUACAUUGUGUCAUACAGAACAAGAAGAGCCUCGAGUAGACAAGGUUACUUCAAACAUUGAAGCGGUUAACGGAGAAGGUCGAAAAAAUAAAAGAGCGAACGUUAAUUUGUCGGUACAUCACACAACGAAUCGCGCGGAAUUUGGCGAAAUUUUAAUGUCAACGGCAAUAGUAUAUGUAAAAGACUCGAACAUGUUCGAUCAACCUAUUCGCGUUCUUCUUGAUAGCGCGAGCGAAGCGAAUUUUAUAACAAGAGCAGCCUGUGCUAAAUUAAAUUUAAAAUUAGAGGACAUUCACGAGGCAGUCUCGGGCAUUGGUAGUUCAAUUUGUACGAUAAAUCACGGAUGUCAAGUAACGAUAAAAUCAAGAAUAACCACUUAUCUAUUAUCUGCAUUUUGUUUGGUAGUGCCGAGGAUUACUAGAGAACUGCCUUCGGUGGCAGUUAAUAGUGAUGCUUUUUCAAUAACCGACACGUUAAAUUUAGCCGAUCCGCAAUACCAUCGUCCGAGUCAGAUCGACAUGCUGUUGGGCAGCGAAUUCUUUUUAAAGUUAUUAGAACCUGCAAGGGUUGAGCUCGGAAAUGAUUUGCCUACAUUAUAG